AUGACAGUGGACUGGUCCGUCCCCACACCUGGUCUGUCCCCACACCUGGUCCGUCCCCACACCUGGUCAGUCCCCACACCUGGUCCGUCCCUACACCUGGUCCGUCCCCACACCUGGUCCGUCCCCACACCUGGUCCGUCCCCACACCUGGUCCGUCCCUACACCUGGUCAGUCCCCACACCUGGUCCGUCCCCACACCUGGUCCGUCCCCACACCUGGUCCGUCCCCACACCUGGUCCGUCCCCACACCUGGUCCGUCCCCACACCUGGUCCGUCCCCACACCUGGUCAGUCCCCACACCUGGUCCGUCCCCACACCUGGUCAGUCCCCACACCUGGUCCGUCCCCACACCUGGUCAGUCCCCACACCUGGUCCGUCCCCACACCUGGUCCGUCCCCACACCUGGUCCGUCCCCACACCUGGUCCGUCCCUACACCUGGUCAGUCCCCACACCUGGUCCGUCCCCACACCUGGUCCGUCCCCACACCUGGUCCGUCCCCACACCUGGUCCGUCCCCACACCUGGUCCGUCCCCACACCUGGUCCGUCCCCACACCUGGUCCGUCCCCACACCUGGUCUGUCCCCACACCUGGUCCGUCCCCACACCUGGUCCGUCCCCACACCUGGUCCGUCCCCACACCUGGUCCGUCCCCACACCUGGUCAGUCCCCACACCAAUAGAGUGUCUUUGGGUUGA